UUGUUAUCAAGAUCAAAAAUGGCGACUGCGUCGGAGCAGUUCGAAGCUGCCGUGAAAGUCGUGCAGAGCAUGCCAAAAGAUGGGCCAUUCCAGCCAUCAUACGAAAUGAAGAAGCGGUUCUAUGGGCUAUACAAGCAAGCAACGCAAGGGCCCUGCACUGAGCCCAAACCGGCUUUCUGGGAAGCUAUUAGAAAAGCCAAAUGGGAUGCUUGGAAUCGACUUGGCAACAUGCCAAAAGAGGAAGCCAUGGAUGGCUAUGUCAAAGAUCUUCUCAAGGCUAUGAUGAAAAACAAGGACAAAGACCCAGCUGAAGUACAGAAUAUCGUAGAGACAAUGCCAAUCACGGAGGAGGUCAGUGCUUUCUUGAAGGCCAUGGGUCCGUUCUUCGAGGCCGUCCAUGAACCACUCCCAGUCCCAGAGGAGGAGAGGUGGAGAUUCUACGACGAACCGCCCCCUGACAAUGCCCCGCCCACUAAUGGCCUCCCACAUCACCAGGAGAAUGGGCCCGUCAAUGGAGACGUACACUCAGAUGCCGGACAUGAUUUGAAUGACAGCAGUCUGGUUAACCACACCGGUCAAGUUGAUGGAGUAAACACCAUUCUUGUGACUCCAACAUUGCACAAAGGUCACAACAACAUCGGACCAAAUGGAGAUGCCUAUCAGGACGAGAGCCAUCCAUUCGCCAGUGAUGUCAGUGGUAAUUUGACCGCUGACCUGUCCCUCGAUCAGUCUGGCGCCGUCGUGGCUGACAGAAGCAGUGGUACAAGCAAUGACGUCACGGUGACAAGUGACAGUGACACAGACAGUGAGGAGGACUUCUGCGACUCUAUGGACCAGCCAGACCUGGAUCAGUUGCCAGAACUUGUGAAAGCCUCGGCAGUCGAGGAACCCCUCCAGCCAAUCAGAGAAGAGCAGGUUCUCAUGACCUCUACCCCGCAGGGCAAGAAAAUCCUGGCCCAGGCUGAGGUCCAUCCUGUCAAAGGUCAUUACCAUGAGAACGGACAUGGCCAGGCCGUUGACGGCACAGAGGGGGUGGAGAAUGGAGACACGCCCAUAUCCAGGAGGAGGGGAGGUGGUGAAGUGGUACCAGGGGGCAAAGGUCAAGCUGGCAGAGGUCAAGGGUCGGACCAAGGUGACUUGAGAGGCUCUAUGGGUGGAGGAAGAGGUCAAGGGCAAGACACUCCUGGGCGUGGCAGGACCCCAUCCAGCGGUCAGGGCGGACCCCCUGGAGGGAGGGAUCCUAGCAGUAGACCAGGCCGCAAUCCACCGGUAGAUAUUAGCGAGCAGAUAGCUAUUGCCCUGCAGAGACUACAGUGUGAUAUGAGUAGCGUGCUGGCAAGGUUGAACACGCUGGAGGCACUGGCGCUGUCCCAGGCACAACAGAACCAAUCAGAGAGGCAGUCCUCAGAGCGUCGCGGCCAGGAAUCAUCCCCUCCUCGCCAACGCUCCUGGUUGUCGUGGAUCUUCCCUCGUAACCUCCCGGCUAAGACUGUCUUCUUUCUUCUCAUCUGGCCGUUAAUUGUCAACGUGCUCCUAGCCAUGUGGAGACGUAGACGUCAUAGACAUCUCAGACGAUGACCGCAAGACAACAUCCUCGGUUCCAUGGGGGGAGGGGGGUAGGGGAGUCAGUAUUCUUCAGCAGUGGGGGUUUGCACGAUCCAAACUUCUCCAAUUUCAGCUUCAGGCUUCAGCUGUAUCACAAACAGACUCCUGUACAACACUUGUACAGGUUUUGCUAUAAAGAUGCCAAAUUCUGUCA